AUGGUCUUUUCAGAGGGACGUGGAGCAAAUAUGAUGCAUGAAGAAAGCCAAAUGAGGACCCAAGAGGCUUCUAACCUGGGGAAUGGGAGCACCAGCAAUUUCAUGGGCCCUGAGAAUGGUCCAUGCUGUGCAGACAGAGAUCCUCCUAGGCCUGUCCUGCAGAUUGCUGGUAUGCCUGGAGAUCGUACGGUGCUGGUCAUUGAAAGCAGCCAUCAGACGAGAAGAAGUUUAGACACGGACAUAAGGACUUCCAGUGCUCUCGUGGAUGGUGUGGAGCUGGUGACGGUGUUGGUCAGGAGCGGGGAGUGGGCAUCGCUGCCUGCCAGGCACAGUGCAGUGCAGGCGGCAACCGCUGGAAGCCAUCACCAUGCUGCAGGCAGCCAGGAGAGAGGCAAGAGGGCUCUGGCUUCUCCCAGCACCUCUGCAGCUGCCGAGAGGACACCACCGGUUUUGGCAGCUGUCAGCACCGAUUCGGCUGAGAGGACUCUGGGUGGGCACCGCGGGGCUUGGGACAUGGCGGGGUUUGACAACACAACGGAGAUGGUGCUGCUGCCUUCAUCUGCGGAGCCUCGUCGCCCGGGCACCGGUGGCCGCUCUCAACCGGCAAGCGGCUGGGUGGGCACAGAGCCACCUGGCAGCCCUCCCACGGGCACCGCCGCCACUUCACUCAGCUCCUCACGGACCAGCGGGGCGACGCUGCAGCCCCUCCCCAGCGCCACCUUCCCCGGCUCUUCGGGACAGCCCCAGUCCUCCCCCCGAGCUUCCAGUACUCAGACUGGUACAAACCACAUCAUGCUACGUCCCAGGGAUGUCAUGGGGGACUCCAUAAGCCCUUCACUCACAGCAUCGCCUGCUAUGGACAGCACUUUUGGAGCUGCUGGGAGCGGCAUCAGAGCUGCAGAAAACCCGAGGUCCCAGUUAUCUUCAUCGGUGGCCCUGGGGCUGGGAGGUUUCCCUGGGCCCUCCGUGGAGCGUCGGCUCACCCCUUCUCACCCAGCUUCAGAAAGCACUGCCAUGGCCAUUGGAAGGAGCUUCCAGCCAUCCAACAUCUCGACCACAGAGAGGAGAGUUUCCGAUUUCCCCACCACCAGCACCUCCGUUUCCACAACAGCCACCAAGGGCGGAGGGAGGACGUUAAGGUCUCUGCCAGCCGGCACCAGGCUGGCUGGUACAGCAGAGAUUUCCACCACUGGUACCAAAAUUGCCAGCUCCUCAGACCGGACCCGGUUACCUGGGAUGUCUUUGGGAGCCCAGGGUGGUGGUGGCAGAGGUGCCACAGACUCGUUGCUCACAGGCUCGCCGUCUGCUUCAGAAAGCACUUCCAUGACCUUUAGCAGCAGUUACGAACCCAAGAGCAUCCCAGCUGCAGAAGAGGCCACGCUGCACUCGGACGCCCAUGGUGCUGACAUGCCCAGCGUGGCAGCGGGGGCACCAGGGUCCCCCGCAAACGGCCGCACAGCUGGGGUGACAAGGGGCUCUGCCACCAGGACCGACCCCACCAGCUCUUUGGGAGGCACCUUCUCCUCCUCAGGGGUCGGGACGCACCAUCCUAACGGCUCACGGGAAGCCACAGAUCUCCCAGCGCCUCCGGGGGAGCCUUUGCUCACAAGCUCCCUCUCUGCCUCCGAAAGUACUUUCCGAGGUGUCAGAAGCAGCCACCGACCAGUUAACAGCUCAACGACAGAGAAAAAAAACGUUGCUUCCUCUCCCACCGGCGCUUUCAUUUCAGCCAUGGCCACCGGCAGCAGUGGGAGGCCCCCGAGGUCUGCCACGAGCAGCAGCCGAUGGGCAGCAGAAGUCUCCACAUCCAGUGGUGGCAUGUACAGGACUUUGGGCACGAUCCGAUUCUCGUCCGUGUCUUCUGUGAGAGAGACCUAUGGAGUUCGUGGGUCCACAGAAAUCACGGAUUUCACUGAGUGGGUGGCAGACCCUUCGCUAACAGGCUCUCGGUCUGCUGCGGAAGGUCCUUCCCCAGCCGUGGGCAGCAGCCAUCGCUCACUAAGCAGCUCGAGUGCCGAGGAAAGGCGGUCCAGCCCCAUCACUGAUCCUGCGUACAGUUCAUCCGUGUCUACUGGAGGUAGAGAAAGGAUGCCGCCCUCGGUGACAGACGGGGUGCUGGCCGGUGGCACCGAGAGCUCUGCUCCCUAUGCCGAAACCGCCAGCUCUCCAGGGCUGGCUCAGCCAACGUCGGUGGAGCAGAGUGGGAUGGCCGGUGCCUCAGCCGGCAGCGUGGGCUUCACAGACUUUGAAACAGAGGCGCUCUUCACCCGUUCUUCCAAGAUGCCCACUUAUUCUUCUUUCCAAAAUGACCUUACAAGCUUUUCAGGUAGCCAUCAGCCUGUCAGUAGCAUCGAUGCUGAGAAACGGACCUCAGUUUCUCAUACAGAUGGCACAUAUGUUUCAACAACGUAUACCAGAGGAGGAGAAAGGACCCUCCUGUCUAUCUCGAACAGCAGCACCUCUGCAGACUCCUCAGAAAGUUCCACCUUUUUUUCUGAGAUUUCCAACCCUUCUGAUUCAUCAAAGUCUUCUGUGGCACAGGACAGAAGGAGCAACGUAUCCAGUGACAGCAGUUUUGUUGAACCAUCUACAGAGCCAUUGCUGGUACACUCGUCCAAACAGUUGACUUCUGCUUCUGCAGGCAGUGUACAAAAUACAACUGUCUUCAGCACUGACUCUGAGUUGUUGACCACCAGCAGAUCAUCGCUAUCUUCAUCUGCGUUUCCAGGCUCUUCCUCAGUGUCACCGCUGCAGCACUUGCUGUCAUCAACACCACCACCAACUUAUUUGUUUACAUCAUCGGAGUCAUCUGAGCCACUCUCGUCCUCUGUGAUGGCAUCUUCACCCCCUCUGCAGGCUUUGUCGUCCUCCUUGCCCACUUCCUCAUUGCUUUCCCCAUCUUACUCGUUAGCAUCUUUACUGCCUCUGUUUUCAUCACCGUCAUCUAUCUCGCAGUCCAAUGAUAGUGGUCAAGCAAGCACUUCUGUAGCUACGACUGUGGUCAGGCGGGUGCCCUCCACAGCCGCUGUGGCUGGGAGCUCGCCCAGAGGGACCAACAAGCACACUGUCACACACCAGCCCCAAAACAGCACCACCUUCACCUCCAUCGGGUCUCCUCCUCUCCCCACAGCACCCAUGGAGCAGCUUGGUGGACGCAUCAUGUCUGUGUCUGGUCCCAUGACGGUAAUGGAGACCACCUCGCAGAGAGCCACCACUGCCCAAGGAGGCAGCUUUGGGAAGGCAACACUGCUGCCCACCACAGCUGGUGAUGCCCCACGGGCUGCGCCGACAGAUGCACCCCUUAGUCCCUCACCAAGUGCAACAAACCACAGUGUCAUCAUCCCUGCAGUGGCACUGACGACAGUGAAACCUCCUGUGCUGACAACACCGGCCAGUUACCAACCAACCCCAGGUGAUGCUAGCACCACGAAAGCCCACAGAGCUCAAACGCCCACUGCCACUAAGCACAUGUAUACCACUGGUGAAAGCACAGAAGCUGUGGAUCCCACCACUGCAAGACCUGGUAAAGUCACUGAAGAAAACAUCCCUGUUACAAGUCCUUCUGAAGCCCCUCCAACCAGCAAGACCACUGUGAGCAUUGCAACUACUUUGGCUGCUACCAAACCAACCACUGUUCCUCCAUCAAGUAGCACAACUGGGCUGAAGACGUUGUCUCCAGCAACAGAUGUGGAUAAAUGUCUUUCCAACCCUUGCCCUGCGCUGGCCACCUGCAACAACACCCAUGGCUCCUAUAUCUGUCAGUGUCCUCUUGGAUAUGAGCUGGAAAAAGGAAAGUGCAAUUUAGUAAGAAUAUUUAUCGGCCAGGUCCCCCUGAAGCCUAAUGUUACCCAUGGGAAGUAUGCAGAGCUCCUCCAUGUCGAGGAUGAAAUCCUGACGAUGCUUGACACAUCACUGUCGGGCUUGCCGGGGUACCACCACUCCACGGUUAAGGCGACCAGGGAGGCAAAUUUUGUGCAUGUUUCAGUGCAAUCCACGUUCUCUUUAGCAUCCAACGUGACUUUCUACGAUGUUGUCAGCACCGUGAAAAGCUACAUUCGAGCUUGCAAAUCCCCCACUGAAGCCUGCCAGUUCAUCUCCAGCCUGAAACCACUCCACAGAGUUGGCAGCUUGUGCAAGCAGAAAGACCCCGAAUGCGACAAGGAAACUUCUGAAUGCACCGACUUUGAUGGGGUCGCGCUCUGCCAAUGCAAAAGUGGGUACUUCAAAUACAACAAGAUGGACCACUCCUGCAGAGCCUGUGAAGAUGGAUAUAAGCUGGAAAACGAGACCUGUGUGAGCUGCCCGUUCGGCUUAGGUGGAUUCAACUGUGGAAACCCAUAUCAGCUCAUCACUGUGGUGAUCGCGGCUGCAGGAGGGGGACUUCUGCUUAUCAUGGGCAUAGCACUGAUUGUCACCUGCUGCCGGAAGAAUAAAAAUGAUAUAAGUAAACUCAUUUUCAAGAGUGGAGAUUUCCAGAUGUCACCGUAUGCUGAAUAUCCAAAGAACCCCCGGGCACAGGAGUGGGGCAGAGAAACCAUCGAGAUGCAAGAGAAUGGAAGCACCAAGAACCUAUUGCAGAUGACAGAUGUGUAUUAUUCGCCAACUGGACUGAGAAAUCCUGAACUGGAAAGAAAUGGACUUUAUCCUCCCUACACUGGUUUGCCUGGAUCUCGACAUUCAUGCAUCUACCCCGGACAAUACAAUCCGUCCUUCAUUAGUGAUGAAACCAGAAGAAGAGACUAUUUUUAG